GUAGCCACAAUUACUAUUUUAUACACAGUAUGUAAAAAAGUAGCCACAAUUACUAUCUUUUACACAGUAUGUAAAAAAGUAGCCACAAUUACUAUCUUUUACACAGUAUGUAAAAAAGUAGCCACAAUUACUAUCUUUUACACUGUAUGUAAAAAAGUAGCCACAAUUACUAUCUUUUACACAGUAUGUAAAAAAGUAGCCACAAUUACUAUCUUUUACACAGUAUGUAAAAAAGUAGCCACAAUUACUAUCUUUUACACAGUAUGUAAAAAAGUAGCCACAAUUACUAUCUUUUACACAGUAUGUAAAAAAGUAGCCACAAUUACUAUCUUUUACACAGUAUGUAAAAAAGUAGCCACAAUUACUAUCUUUUACACAGUAUGUAAAAAAGUAGCCACAAUUACUAUCUUUUACACAGUAUGUAAAAAAGUAGCCACAAUUACUAUCUUUUACACAGUAUGUAAAAAAGUAGCCACAAUUACUAUCUUUUACACAGUAUGUAAAAAAGUAGCCACAAUUACUAUCUUUUACACAGUAUGUAAAAAAGUAGCCACAAUUACUAUCUUUUACACAGUAUGUAAAAAAGUAGCCACAAUUACUAUCUUUUACACAGUAUGUAAAAAAGUAGCCACAAUUACUAUCUUUUACACAGUAUGUAAAAAAGUAGCCACAAUUACUAUCUUUUACACAGUAUGUAAAAAAGUAGCCACAAUUACUAUCUUUUACACAGUAUGUAAAUACUCUCUCCCCUCUUCUUUCACUCUCAGACACAUUUUCUCUUAUACUACUUUCUCUCUCUCUCUCUCCUCUCUCUAUCUCUCUCUCUCUCUCUCAUACACAUAA